UGGAUCACCUAAUAGGAUGGAAGUGAUGAUGAGGGUGGUGUAUUCUCCUGACAUGAGGCUCAUAUUGGUGCUGCACUUCACACUGACAGCCGCCACCGUCACCAAUAACGACACCAACAGGCUGAUCAUCGGCUUCCAGGCUCCCUGGAACAUCUCGUUCCCCUUCAGCGCCCUGCGGCUGGGCUCCGCCCUGAAGAUCGCCGUGGAGAAGGUGAACACCAACCCCUCCUUCCUGGGGAACUACAGUCUGGAUUUUGUCUUCAAGGAUACAGACUGUAGUCCUAAAGUUUCCCUGGAAGGAUUCAUUCAGCAGGUGUGGAGCGAGAAUGUGUCCGCGCUGUUUGGUCCAGCGUGUCCCGAAGAAGCUGAGGUCACCGGUCUCAUUGCAUCGACAUGGAACAUCCCCAUGUUUGGAUUUGUGGGUCUAUCCGCUAAAAUGGACAACAGUGACAUCUACGAUUCCUAUAUAAAAGUUGUGCCGCCUCUUAAAAGAAGCUCGGAGGUCCUGAUAAAGACCCUGGAGUUCUUCGGAUGGAGCCACGUGGCGAUGAUCGGAGGGGGCUUAGAAUCGAACACUUGGGACAAAGUUGAUGCUCUGUGGAAAACCAUCGAGGAGCCCCUGAGAGCCAAAUUCCAACUAGCUGCUGCGCUCAAGUUUGACACCAGCAAUCAGAAGCUGAUUUACCGAAAUGUUAAGUUAAUCUCAACAGUGGCCAGAGUGAUUGUGGUGCUAACAAACUCAGAGGACUCCAUGGCUCUGUUGCUGGAGGCUGAGCGACAGGGUCUGAUGCAUGGUGACUAUGUGUUCUUCCUGGUGCAGCAUUUUGAAGAUAACUUGUGGAAAUAUGCCGUGAACAACAGGAUGGACCAAGCUGCCAUCAGAGCUUUUGACAUGACCUUCAUCAUUGGCCAGAAAUCCUACGAUGGCUAUGAGUAUUUUGACUUCUUUGAGCGAGUUUUUCAAAGACUUAAGGAACACCCGUUUCAGAGCCACCUGUCUUCUGAAAGAGAGGUUAGCCCGUACGCUGCCUACCUGCACGACGCAGUGCUUCUUUACGCCAUGGGGCUGAAGGAAGUCCUCAAAGAUGGAAAAGACCCUCGAGACAGAAAGGAGCUCCUGCGGAGAUUAAAAAAUAAAAACAACAUUCGAUUUAAUGGGGCCUCUGGACUAGUCCAUUUUGACGAAGAGGGGGAGAGAAAUUUGGACUAUUCCAUUUAUGACCUGCAGCUUGUGGGAGACCAAACCAAGUUUGUAUCCAUCCUCAAUUUCGACAGUCAGACCAAAGAUGUUCGGCCAACGUCUAUGUUUGCUUCUGUGGUCUGGCCAGGAGCAGGACCUCCCUCUGACAAACCAGAAUGCGGGUUCAACAAUGAGUUCUGUGAAUGGCUCAUUAAUGACAUCGCCCUGCUGGCUCUGCUCGUGGGCUUCCCCCUCAUUGGUAUUCUGGCAGUUUUGUGCAUCGGAGUCCUAGUUCUGCAGAAGUUUCGUCUCCAGACGAGGCUGGACGGCUCCCGCUGGUGGCUGAUCAACUACAGCGACAUCACCAUCAUCAAGGCUUCUUCUGUGUGUGUCCUCUAGGGAUUUCAUGGUUUAUCUCUGAGCACCACGGCCAGUCAGAGAGAGAGCAACAGCUCUCACUCUAAUUUGUCCAACAACAGCAUGAGGGACAAGCCAGUGAGAGAACACAUCUACACCACCAUAGGUCUCUACCAG